AUGAACUACGUACCGGACCGGGCACUCCAUCUAAUCUAUGGCGUUCCAACACCAACGCCGCAACGGCAGAAGCCCAUGCAAGUCCUAGCCGUUAGAAUCUCCCGCUCAGGCACCGAUUCCCUCCGCGAAGCCCUCCACAUCCUCGGAUACGAGCACACCCACCACGGCUUCGACACCAUCCUUCCCCCCUACGACCUAGAAAACAUCUACCGCCUGCUCAAAAAGAAAUACAACACCCCUCCACCCCCCGGCCAACCCCCCACGCCCAAACUCACAGCCUCCGACUUCGACACAAUCCUGCACUCCAGCGUCGGCGUCUGCGACCUCCUCGCCGCCGAGUUCGCCCCAGAUCUAAUAACCGCCUACCCCGACGCGAAAGUCAUCCUGAAUACCCGCCAUGACCUCGACGCCUGGCACACCUCCAUGCAAAACACAAUGGGGUAUUUCGACACCAACCCGCUGGAUUGGGACUGGGUGAAGAGCUGGUUCUGCACUGAGCUGUUCUGGGUGCGGCAGGCGACGUGUCGGACCCUGAUGCCGCUUUUCUUCCGCGGCAGCUUUGCGAGUAAUGGGGUGUGGGUUUAUCGGCAGCAUGUUGCGAUGGUUCGGGGGUUGGGGUUGGGUACUGACAGGUUGUUGGAGUGGAGUGUUGAGGAUGGGUGGGAGUCGCUGUGUGAGCUUUUGGGGAGGGAUGUGCCAGCCCGCGAGUUUCCGAGUGGGAAUCCGCCGGAUGCGUGGAGGGAGAGGAUUGCGAGGACCACGGAGGCGUAUCGUGCCAGGGCGGUUCGGAAUAUGGCUGUUUUUGGGGCGGUGGUUGGUGGGGUUCUCGGAGUUACAGGGGCGUGGUUUGCGGGCUGCAUAUAG